GCCCUGGCGCCCGCGCGCCCCACAUCGCACACCGCCCGCGCCCUUUCUCUGUUCGCGCCGCCACCGCCUCACGCCGAGAGAGGGGAGAAAAGGAAAAAUCAGGGGAGCGCAGCCAAUCAACCGAGGUCGCAAAAAAAAAAAAAAACUCCGAAGCGAGGAGAGAUCGGUGAUGGAGGAGGACACGGGGCAGGGUCCCCACGAGAACCUCGCGGAGCCUCCUCCCGCCGCCGAGGCCGAGGUGGAGGACGAGGACGAGGAAGACGACGGGUUCAGCUUCCCCGCCCCGCCGCUCGCCGCCGACGCGUGCAUCGUGCCCGUGUACCCGAUCUUCGGCCGGCCGCCGUCCCCGCCGCCCCCGGCGCCGGGGGAGGACGAGCCGGAGACGGCCACCGUGCGGGUGCCGCUGGGCCGGCUCCUGCUGGAGGAGCGGGAGUUCCGCGCGCUGCGGCAGGACGCGCGGUCGGAGAGCGCGCGGGCGUGGCAGGACGAUGACGACGGCGAUGGCGACGGGGCCUCGGCCAGCGCGGACGAGGAGCUGGAGGGCGUGCCGCCAGAGAGCUACUGCCUGUGGGCGCCCGGCGGCGGCCAGGCGUCGGCGCCGGCGUACCCGCGGCGGUGCCGGAAGAGCGGCUCCACGGGGUCGGUCCUCCGCUGGCGCCGCAUCAGCGACCGCCUCGUCGGUCGGAGCCACAGCGACGGCAAGGAGAAGUUCGUGUUCCUGACCGCCGCCGCCGCCACCGGUCCGGAGCCUCCUUCUCCUCCGCCUCCUGGUCACAAGGAAGAGGAGGAAGGCGGUGGCAGCAACCGAGUCCGCGAUGGCGGCGGCGCGGCCCAUCAGUUGAGAUAUUACGGCAGAGGCGGCGGCGGCGGCGGCGGCGGCGGCAGCGGCAGCCGGAGGCGCUCGUACCUGCCGUACAAGCAAGAGCUUGUCGGGCUGUUCGCCAACGUCAGCGGGCUGCGCCGGAGCUAUCACCCGUUCUAAAACUCGCUUCCUCCAAGCUGGCCCCCAUGUCCGUACGAUCUUUGCUUGCUUGCUUUCUGUGCAUACUCUGGCUACCACUAGUACUAUACACUUGUUUUACAGUUAGUACAGCAGUAAAUCGGCGUGUUCUCUCUAAAUUAUUGGCUUGGAUAAAUAGGAUUAGUGUACAAAUAGCUAGCACGGCCUCAACAAUGGAGUUUGCAUGGGGAUGUCAAAAAGGGCAAAAAGAAGGUAACGGAGCACUAGAGCAGCAUGUACUGAUUGUUGGCAUGUUAUUUUUGGUUUGGUUUGUUUAUUCAUUUUCAUAAUGUGACUCGUGUUUGAUGUUUCUCUA